AUGGACAAUACUGAGCAGCUCAUCUGGGAGACAGCCCGUAGCACGUCUGCAGCCCCAACAUACUUUCAUCCGUACAAACAGUACUUUGAUGGUGGCUUGUUGUCUUGCAACCCUACUCUUGACGUUCUCACAGAAAUUUACGAGUUCAACACUGGACCAACGCCAAAGCAAAAUGCUGCAUCAGCACCAUCUCUGAAAGUGGUUGUUUCACUUGGUUGCGGUCAUUCGAAUAGUGUACCUGUACCCGUUCCAGACCCAAUAAUGCCUGAUAUAACACAACUCCUCGAUAUAAUAAAUCAAGCUGCAGAUAAAAUCAUGCAUGUGAUAGCGGAUGAUUAUAAAUUUUGCAAAGAAGUCAUAGAACGGGUUACUCUGUCGCAUGGGCCACCUACGAAUCGUGCCAGAGCUUGGUGCGGGAUGAUGGAGGUACCGUUCUUCCGUUUGUCCCCGCUCCUGUCAGAGAAUGUACCCAUGAACUGUGUUGAUGAACAAACGAUCAAGAAAAUGGUUGAGGAAACGAAAGCCUAUAUCGGGGAGAACAAAGCUACCAUAAAGAAGGUCACGGAGCUUCUGACCAAGAAGUAGAUCGCGAAACCUUAUUUUAACAAGAACGUGGCCAUCAUGACAAAAAUGUCACAAAUCUGUUUAAAUGUCAGCUUAACAUAAAAAGCCAUAAGCUUGGUGUUAAAGCUUUGAAUGUUCAAUCUUUGUAAUAACGAAUCAGUAUCCAAAGUAGCCCGCUCGCUUUCAAGCCACUUUAUGCGAAACACAACUUUGAAUAGAAUUUUGCGUUGCAAUGAAAGUGUAAUGCCGAAAAUUUAACUAAAUUAAAAAAAAAGUAAUUGCAUAUAUAAAUAAUUAUUUUUCUUAAUGAAUGUGUUAUUGUAAAUGUUGGUAAUUCUUAUUGUUUGUAUAGUAUUGAUUGUAUUCUAGAUAAAACGCCUUUCCAAAAAGAGUGCAGCAACUUAUGUUAUCUGCUUUUUACAACCAUAACACCCAGUGCUGUGCUGUUACGUAUAAUUUGUGUUUCACCCUGUUGUCGUGUCGUGCAUCCAAUUGAUCACUUGCUUAAAAGGACAUAAUAUUGAUGAUAAUAAGUAUCUUCUAAUGCUGUAACUAGACUCACACUAUGUUUAUAUGCCAACCUUACUCCAGCCAUGUAUAUAUUAUAUGUAAACAGAAAUAAGUGCCAUACAAAUGCAUUGUAUAUUAUGCUGAAUGUUGUCUUUGCGCUACACGUUGUUCUAAAAACAAUCCUUUAUAAAAACAUGCAUAACAACUUUUGAAGUAACAAUCCAAGCUUACUCUUAAAAAUAAUUGAAAUGUAUUUUAUCAACAGUAAAUAGUUUUAACUUAAAAUAAUAUUUACAUGAUGACUUCGUAUUAUUAAACUGAUUGUUAAUUAUUGCUUUUAUUUUUUCUAUAUAACUUAUCUACUCAAGCAUAGAUACAUAUAUAAAUGUUGUUGUAGUGUUAGCAUAAUGGUACUGUAUAGUUAUUGUGUUACACGUUUUAUUGCCAUAUUUCAAUUGUACAAUUCAAAACAGAGUUUGAGUCUACUAAAUAAAUGAAAACCGAUCACAUAGUAAUUGUUAAUGAUGUUCAAUCAACAUGCUUUAGUAUUUAAAAUGUUUUAUUUAUAUGCUGACAAAUUUAAUUAUGGAUGUUUUUAUAUAUUUAAUUGUUAGUUUAUCUACUGGCUAUAUAAAGCUUAGUACAAUAUAAUGAAUUAAGCAACAUUUGGUACAAGCUAUGAAGAAGCUGACAAAAUGUGACUUUAAUCCCCUAACGUUUUGGAUCCUUUCAACGUUUUUUUUUUAUACAAGUCUGAUAUUUCUACAUAUUUUUGUAACGAUGUUACACUAAUCCUCUACCGUUUUUGAUCCUGUCAAUGUUUUUUUUAAAGUCUGGUAUUUCUAGAUAUUUUUGUAAAAUACGUUAUUUAUUCAUGUUAAUUUCAAUAUUAGACUUAUGUGAUUUAUUCUUAGAUCCUUUGAACAAUACUUGUAAUAGCAUUGAUGUGAUUAUUUGUAUAAUAUACCCUCCAGGCAUGUAAACAUU